AAAUUUAAAAUUAAAAUUGAAAUUGCGCGUCUUUGUGUACUGUUGUUUUUUUUAAUCAAGAAUUUUAUUUCAAUUUUAUUACAAAUUUUGAAAAAAACAAAAAUCAUGCCUAAUCCUGUUGAUCCGGAAAAACGAGAAGUCCGUUCAUUUCUCGUCUCCAGAGAUCCAAGUAUUGAUAGGCGCUAUCGUCCGUGUCCCGAACGUCAAGUAGCCCUAUUCCAGAAUUUAGAAGAAGAAGAGGAAGAUGAAGAUGAUCAAGCUUCCGAUGAUAGUGUCUCUGUUGCUAGCACAGUUGCUGAACAAGAGGGUGCCCUAAUUUACCUCCGCAUGCGUCCUCUACCCAACGAAACACCCUGCACAAGUUACAGAAUUCUAGGUAAUGUUUUGGUCACCUCUCAACUAGACAAUAGUGGCAAUACUGUAAAAAAUCAAAUGGAAAAACAUUUCACUUUUAGUGAAAUAUUUGACAAUGCCAUUGACCAACAUGCAAUAUAUGAGAAAUGUAUAAGAAAUAAAAUUGAGCUAGAAGAAAGCUUUACUAUUUUUACAUAUGGAACUUCGGGUUCGGGGAAGACACACACUUUGCUCGGUGAUUUAGACAAACCGGGUAUAAUUCCACGAGCUAUUGAAAAUGUAUUCACUUUGUAUGCUAGCAAUUUGUAUCCCCAACCAGCUGCCAAAGUGGUUAACGCUGUUGUAACAAUUCUCGAUGAUGAAUCGAUGCGGAAAGAAAUGCUUCUCCGUCAGACUAUUAUCUCUGCAUGCAACGACGUUCAGUCGGUUUAUAAUCGUGUUCAGCAAAAGAUUGCUUCUGAACAUGGCUUUAGCACAACGGUGUUGGAAAAUAACUCGGUAAUAAUAUGGGUUUCCUUUGUGGAAAUCUACAAUGAGUUGGUUUAUGAUCUUUUGAGUCCUAUUGCCCCAUCGGCAACGACCAGAAGACAAAGUCACAAGAUUGUCUCAAAUGAUGGAAAAGUAUUUAUUAAAGAUCUUACUUCUGUCCAUGCCAAAAUGGCAUCAGACGCUUAUAAACUGCUUACAUUUGGUUUGCAAAAGGUUAAAUAUGCAUCGACAGCGAUUAAUUCGAAUUCAAGUCGAUCGCAUUGUAUAUUUUUCCUUGAUAUUAUUAAGUUUUCCCAUCCGGGAACAUUUACUUUGACUUCGUAUAAAUUUUGUGAUUUAGCUGGUUCGGAGCGGCUAAGUAAAACGGGAAAUGUUGGAAAUCGUCUUAAAGAAGCUCAACGUAUUAAUACUUCUUUGAUGGUCUUGGGACGUUGUUUAGAUGCAGCUAAUAAUAAUCAAAAGAAGAAAAAUGCAGAUGUGAUUCCAUUUAGAGAAUCUAAAUUAACAAUGUUAUUGCAAUCUGCACUUUUGGGUAAAGAGAAAUUAUGCAUGGUUGUGAAUAUUAAUCCGUCGGAUAAAUAUUUUGAGGAAAAUAUGAAAGUAUUGGGUUUCGCAUCGAUUGCAAAGAAUAUUGUUUUUAAACAACCUAUAUCGAAGACUGAACGUAGUGCAAGGUAUUCAUGGUUUGUUGUGCAUGCUGCACAGGAUAAGAGAUCGACAGCGGCAGAAGAUACGAGUCAGUUGGAUGCACUAUUGGAGGAGAAUUUUACACUACGAAAUGAAAUUGAAAGUCUGACGGCUAAAGUGUCGCGCUUAGAAAAAGCACUGAGUCAACAAGAAUACGAUUUACGUAAUCAAUUAGUAAAUAACUUCCAAAAAUCUUUGGAACAUAGAAAUCGUGCUUGGGAAGAUCGACUAGCAACAGAAAUCGAAAUGGUAAAGCAGAGAUAUGAGAACAAGAUUGAAGCUCUAAAAGCUGAACAUGCUCGUGAUUUGGAAGAUUUGAACGAAGAAGAAGGUCAACCGAAGAAACGGAGAGCUACUUUGGGCGAUUAGUAUUGAAAAUUGUCCUUAAUUUUAAUUUUAUCAAUGUUUUGUUUUAUUUUGAAUAAAAAAUAUAUUUAUUAUUCAUUA